AUGUCGGGAGAGACCCCAGCUCUCGGGAGCCAGCCCGGGGGGCUCCCGCUGUCCAGCUGCGGUCCCCGCAGUGACCAGGCGAGGCGCUGGCUGCCUGGCACUGUCGCAGGCGCCCAGGCUGAACGCGCGGCCGCCCCCAGCCCCGGCGCCCAGCUCCUCCCCGCGCGAUCCCGGGCGCUAGCUCCGGGGUCGAGGUCAGGGCCAGGGCCGGGGCCGCUCUGGGCUCCGCGGCGGCCACCCCCACGGCGAAAGCUCAUUGGUCGGCUCGGCCUCACAGCUGUCCGACCUACUCACUGCGGCUCUUCCGGGCGGGGGCCGGGGUGCCCCCCUCCCGCCGCGCAGGGGUCCCUCCCCGCGGACCCCUCGGGCGCGCGCCGGCGACCCCCACGAGCCGGGGCGGUCGGGCUCGGCCCCGCCAGCCCGGAGGCCCUUCCCGGAGGCGGCCUCCCAGCGGAGCGCAAAAAACCGAAGGUGUAUCAAGGUGUCCGCGUGAAGAUCACGGUGAAGGAGCUGCUGCAGCAGAGGCGGGCACACCAGGCGGCCUCGAGGGCAACCCUGUCUGGAAGCAGCAGUAUCCACCUUUCAGACCCCAUUGCACCGUCUUCUGCAGGACUGUAUUUUGAACCUGAACCGAUUUCGUCCACGCCCAGUUAUUUUCAUCCCCGAGAAUUUUCCAGCUGUGUUUCCUGUGAAGACAGCCCAAGCUGCCUGGACCAGAUCUUGGACUCUUACCUUCAGUCUGAGACGCACCCUGAGCUCAGUUCCACACAGAGUGUCCCGCACUGUUUCCCAGACAGCUUGCAGCCUUCCCCCUUCUGCUUCAACGAGAGCCUGACCCCAGGAUCACCUUCCGAUUCCUCCACACUCUCUGGCUCCUUAGACUACAGUUACUCCCCAGCUCAGCUGCCUAUCUAUGCUCCGGAGAAUUACAGUUCUCCCCCUUCUCUGGACACCAGAAAUUGUGGCUACCCCUCAGAAGACUACUCCUCCCACCUGCCCUGGCACACCCAGCACAGCUGCCUCUCCUCAGCCACCACCUCCGUCUGCUGCUGCACGUCCUGCGAGGCAGAGCACCUGGACACCCUGGGAGCCUCAGAGGACUUCCCCUGUCUGAGCCUAGACUGUGUGGACUUCGCCCCCUCGGCAGCCGCUGCCAGCGAUUUCUAUAAGACAGAAGCAAACUGUGACAUCUGCUAUAGUUAAUGGAAGCCACAGCCCUUGGAACAGAGGAAGGGGGUAUCUGUUUUUCACCCACAUCUAGAUGACAGCCCGUUAACAAAUAUCCCCAGCACAGUUUACAUGGCACCAUCCCAACGUUCUGAGGCUGACUUAGGCCUAAACACGAGGUCCUCAGUCCUGGGCACAGUGUCCCGCCUCCUCUGUAUACCCAUCAUUAACAUUUUUCUAGGAACCUUUCACUUGUUUUACUUUUCUAACGAACAAAAUUCUCUCUCUCCUUUUUUUUUUUUUAACUUUAAUAAAUAAUUUUGUAUUA